ACAGAAGAGGAGACAUUUAUUUUCUAAUCGGACGUGGGGCUGCUGGGGUGAACAGUAGCGGACUUGAUGCUGCCGUUGGAGUUCCAGGAUCUCCAGGGACGACGAGCACGAACACAAACACACGGAGAAACCCACAGCAGCAGCGAGGACACACCGGGGAAGGAACGGAGCAGGCCGCUGCGUGGGGAGAAAAAAGCAGAGCGUCAAACCACCGGAUGAGCUGCGGAGCGUCGACGCACUUUGAAGGGCAGAGGAAGCGACAGUAUCCGGGACAGUAGGACAGAUAGAGGUCGCUGAGUGAGGGAGGAACCACGGGAGGCUGUUCAGUUGUGUUGUUGUUGGGAGGAGAGCAUUAGGCUGAGCACUAGCUGUGAGUGUGUGAGGACGGUGGGCUGCAGGUGUGUAGAGGAGGAGGCAUGCAGGUAUCUACAGGAAACACGAUGGUCCUCUGCUGAUCAUCACUAUCCUUCAGUCUGACCCAAAGAGAACAUGAAGGACACAGGGGAGUCCAAGGACCACCAGCUGACGGUCGCUUUGAGAAUCCGACCCCUCAGCGAUGCCGAGCAGGAGGAGGCAGCUACCGUCGUGGCCCACAGAGUGGACGACCAGGUGGUGGUUCUGAUGGACCCCAUGGAGGACCCAGAUGACAUCCUGCGUGCCAACCGCUCCAGGGAGAAGACGUACAUGUUCGACGUGGCGUUUGACUUCUCAGCCAGUCAGGAGGAGGUGUACCGAGCUACGACCAGAGGGCUGAUUGAAGGCCUCAUUUCAGGCUACAAUGCCACUGUGUUUGCCUAUGGACCUACAGGAUGUGGGAAGACGUACACCAUGUUGGGGACAGACAAGGAGCCCGGCAUCUACGUUCGAACGCUCAACGAUCUGUUCCAUGCCAUCGAGGAGACCAGUGAUGACAUGCUCUACAGCGUCUCCAUGUCCUACCUGGAGAUCUACAAUGAGAUGAUCCGUGACCUGCUGAACCCAUCCUCUGGAUUCUUAGACCUCAGAGAAGACUCUAAGGGGGUGAUUCAGGUGGCUGGCAUCACAGAGGUGUCCACCAUCAAUGCUCAGGAGAUCAUGGAGCUGCUGAUGAAGGGCAACAAGCAGCGAACACAGGAGCCGACGGCAGCCAAUCAGACGUCGUCUCGCUCCCACGCCGUGCUGCAGGUGGCCGUCAAACAGCAGAGCCGCUGUCGAGACGUUCUGCAGGAGGUCCGCUUCGCUCGCCUCUUCAUGAUCGACCUCGCCGGCUCUGAGCGAGCAGCACAGACUCAGAACAGAGGUCAGCGGCUGAAAGAAGGAGCUCACAUCAACCGUUCCCUCCUGGCUUUGGGAAACUGCAUCAACGCUCUGAGUGAUAAGAACGGAAACAAGUACGUCAACUAUCGGGACAGCAAGCUGACCCGCCUCCUGAAGGACUCUUUGGGUGGGAACAGCCGAACGGUCAUGAUCGCACACAUUAGCCCCGCCUCUGUGGCGUUUGAGGAGUCCCGUAACACGCUGACGUACGCUGACCGUGCCAAAAGCAUCCGAACACGGGUGAAGAAGAACCUGAUAAAUGUGUCGUACCACAUCGCCCAGUACACCAGCAUCAUCUCAGACCUGCGCUGUGAGAUCCAGCGGCUCAAAAAGAAGAUCGCAGAUCAAGCGAGCCGCCAGCUCGGCUCAGACCGGGCCGACAUCCGCAACGUCCAAGCCGAGGUCCAGGCUCAUUCCAGCCGGGCAGAGAUGGACCAUCUGAGGGAGCAGCUUCUGGAUGCUUUCCGCCAGCAGAUGGAGAUCAGGAAGAGCCUGAUGGAGCUGGAAAACAGCAACAUGGAGAUCCAGAUCGACACCUCCAAACACCUUCUAACCAUUGCAGACUGGGAACAGGAACGGAGUCGACGCAGGAGGAAGUGGCGCGCAGAAAGAAGGAAGGAAAGCGUCAAUAAGGAUGAAAGCGAGAAGGACUCGGACUCUCCGGAGUCUCCUCCAGACAGCACCGAGACCCAGGAGGUGGCGAUGGCUCGAGAAAACUUGGUGACGCUCAUGGCCGAGCAGAAGAAGAUCCAGAAGCAGAAGGCGUUGCUGGAGCGCAGGUUUGUGGAUCUCCGAGAUCGAGCCCGACGUUUGGAGGAGCUGCUGCCUCGACGGGUCAGCUCAGAGGAGCAGCGGGAGGUCCUGGGUCUCCUCUGUAAGGUCCACGAACUGGAGAUCGAGAACGCCGAGAUGCAGUCGCACGCCCUGCUCAAAGACAACGUCAUCCGGCAGAAGAAUGUGGUGGUGCAGCGCUUCGAGCAGCACAGACACCUGUGUGACGAGAUCAUCCAGCAGCAGAGACAGUUCAUUGACGACCACAGCCUGCUCGUCCCUCCACACCUCCAGGAACUCUACGACACGUACAUGAGGGAACUGGAUGAGAGGAAGCUGGACCGAGCUGUGGCUCUGGACAAAGUGACCACCAGACACACCAUCAAGGAGGGGUCUUUACCCAGGAUCACCCUGCCUGGUCAGACCCGGGACAACAUGCAGGACGUAGAUUCAGACCAGGAGAGCGUACGAAACACGUGUUCUGACAACAGGAGAGGUCACACCAAGAUCCGAAGACACACUUUACCUCCUAUUCUGCCUGAGCCUGAACUGGACAAUAACAGAGUUUUCAAAAGCAGCCCUCAUGCCAGGCAGAUGAAAAACUCGUCAGUGAUGACUCCACCUCCCAUCCACAUUAACGGGAAGGGCAACCGAGAGCUGCAGCCUCUGGUUCCUGAGGGUUUUCUGAGCUUCAGUCAUCUCAGCCACAGCGUCAGCAGCCACCUGGACUCCUCACCUGAGAGCAGCGAAGCCGGCGCUGAUAUUCCUUUGUCACGAAAUGAACGUCAGCAGAUCCUAAAGGGGGUUCAGAACAUCGUAGUGAAAGCAGCUCGUCGUCGCUCCAAAGCCCUGGAGGUGGACGUCCUUCGGUUACCUCCUGCACCGUCUCCUCUGGACCCCAAGAAGCAGAAAAGCAGCCUUUCUCUGAGCGAGGCGCCCCCUAGAGGCCUGCCAAAGCGGCGCGGCCGUCAGCCCAGCCCUGAGCUGAGACACGCCACCUCAGACGACAACCUGUCCAGCAGCACCGGGGACGGACCCGGUCUGCAGGCGACCUGGACACGCCCACGGAACCGCCAGGUGGCCGCCAAGAACCAAACGCCUCGAGAGGUGGACUUCGAAGGUCGCCGCAAGAAGAGACGCUCACGCUCCUUCGAGGUCACUGGUCAAGCUCUGCCUCAAACCAAGACAAGCACAGCUCAGAGGUUCCGUCCUCUGGACAGCACGUCCGAUCCUCACCUCCACAUCCACGGCCAGCCCCCGGCCCCCACGCUGCGGCCCCAGUACAGAGGGGUCCCUCCUCUGGCCAAAGUCAGGCCUCCUCCCAGCAGCCAGCAGACAGGCUCUAAUCCAGAGUCCUCCACAGCCAACCUGAAUAACCUGAAGCGAGGGCCCCAGUUCCGGCAGCCUCAGCCCCUCCUCUACAUCACCACCACCGGCUCCGGGGCCCCGCGAACCCGCAGACACUGAGCCGACACCACAUCUACUCCCAGCACCAGCCAUAACACCGAACCAGCUGAGCCUGAAGGGGGAAACCUCUAAUCAUCCACCCUCAGCCCUGUACAAAUGAACUUCUAUCUCUCAGUGACUGACGUUAGUGAGACAGGAUGGAGGAGAUAAGCCAGACAGGAGCUGGAAGCCUCCACAGCUCUCCUGAGUGACGGCUGACGGCUCCUCACUCCUCCAGACCUCCAGACGUACAGUGCUUGUUCUGCUCUGUAGCUUGCUGUAGUGCUCAGUUCCUUCUGUUAUCGUCUUUCAGGAUGAUGUGAAGCUCGCUCUGAAUGCAGGAUGUAGUUUGUUCUUUAUGUGUGAUCUGUUUUUAAUGCUUGUCCUGAAGACCAGGUAAACGUCCCAGUAAUGAUGUAAAUAAAAAAGAGUCUUUGUUGGGACUUUAACAGAAGGUGAGACAAUAUUAAACUAAUCGGAAUGUAAAAGAAGUCAAAAUGUUCCAGCAUCAGUUCCUUUUAGUGAGGUAGUUUUAAUGACAUGCUGAUAUUUGAGGGGAAAAACAUGAUCAUCUAGAUUUUUGUGCAUUUCUGGCCCAGGUCUCUGCCUUUUCUUACCCAAAAUUCACUUGUUAAAUGUCAGGUGUGUGUAGAUACACAGAAUAGAUGACUGAGUUAAAUAAUGAAUUAUUUAACUGUUGCCUUUUCUUUUAUGUUAUUGUCAUUGUUUUCAUAAUUACUACUUUCUAUGCUUUAUUUUGUACAUUUUUUUAUUUGUACCCAAAUAAAUUUAAACGAAACACAUAAAA